AUGACCAAGAGCGGGGUGCUCGCCGUGGUGUCGAUGCUGGCCGAGGGCCACAAGUGGAACGACCUGCUGUUCCCGCCCGAUUGGGUGAAGCGGCGGUUGGCAGGCGAGAAGCCGGAGCCGCCGUCCAAGUACUGCAACCCCAUGUUCAAUGAUAAGUACAAACUCAUCUACUUGAAGUGCCCCAAGAAUGGCGGCACCACGGUGAUGGAUGGCUACUUCUCGCAUUGCGACCUCCCUUUUCAUUAUGACUACUGCCUCCACAUGGCCGACUACACCAACACCACUGAAGUCGCCCACCUGAACAAGGUGUGGGGCGAGUACUUUGUGUUUGGCUUCUCCCGCAACGUGCUGCGGCGGGCACUCAGCCAGUACAAGUACCUGGCCACUUUUCUCAAGGAGGAGUGCCACAUGGCGUGGGGCGAGUACUGCCAGGACCCCUACCUCAUCGGCGACGUCUGUGCCAGGAACGAUUCCACGGGGGCGUCGUGCUGCACCCAGGUGCCGCCGGAGCACCAGUACCUGCACGUCUCGCCGCAGGCCAACUGCCUCACCACCACCACGGGCCAGUACGCGCUGGACUGGCUGGGGCGGCUGGAGAACUUUUACGAGGACUUUGCGGAGCUGCUGUCCAUUCUGAAUGCUCGGCCGGGUGUGCCCAAGAUCCCAUCGGAGCUCCCCGGCCAGCUGAAUAACGUCGACCCCUGCCUGAACCGCACGCUGAUGGGGACGAAGAAGGGACGAGCCAAGGCGCGGCUGCUGAAGUGCGACAAGCUGGACUUCUACACUGGGGCGAAUGAACACUGUUAUGACAGCAUACGGCAGUUUUAUGCGGAGGACAGUGCUCUGUUGGGUCUUUGA